AUGAUUUGUGUCCAAAAACUUAAUUUUCUUCGUAGUUUAGCUAGAACUAAAAGUGCAUCACCUAAAAUGAAGAUAGACAAGAUGGCGCCAGUAAUACAGAGCUCUGAAGAAUUUGCUUCAGUCAAAGCGGCAGAAUUCUUAGGCAAAGGCCAUGUUAUCGCAGUGCCAACUGACACAAUAUAUGGAUUGGCAUGUAGUGCCAACUGUCCCGAAGCUAUAAAAAAGUUGUAUGCAAUCAAAGGCAGAGAUUCAGCCAAGCCUGUGGCUAUUUGUGUGACACAUGUAAAUGAUGUAAGAAAAUGGGGUGAAUCGGAUCACUUACCUGAUGAUCUACUACACAGCUUGCUUCCAGGACCAGUGACAGUGGUUUUAGAAAAGACAAAAUAUCUUGACAAUCCUUUUUUAAACCCUAAUACAACUAAAAUAGGUAUCAGAAUACCAAAUCACAAUUUUAUGAACAGAGUUACAAAGAGUUUUGAUAAGCCUGUUGCAUUGACAAGUGCAAACUUCAGCAAUGAGCAAUCUACUUUGUCUAUCAGAGAAUUUGAACACCUAUUUGGUCAUUUGGGAGCUGUCUUUGAUGGAGGUGUGUUAAGUCAAGGGCUGGAGCAGAAUAGGACUGGGUCCACUGUGAUAGACUUGUCCCAAAAUGGUGUCUACAAUGUGGUUAGAAGAGGUAUUUCCUAUGAUCGAGUAGUCAAGAUUGUAGAAUGUUUUGGUUUAAAAUGUAUGUCAUAA